AAAAGAAAACACAAAAAAAAAAAAUUGAAUCGCAACGCCAAGGAUGACUGGGUAAUAGUUCUUUCUUAGUUUCCCACCAACACUCGUUCUAUCCUUAGCUUGUUCACCUUUCUGAAACCAUGUUUUGCAGCGAAUGUGGAAAGUCUUUCCCACAAUUGGCAAAAUUUUGUUCGAAUUGCGGUUCUAAAUCGACAUCUCCUACUAAGGCUUCUACCAUAAGAUUUUCCAAAUUUAGAAAAAGGAAAGAAGAAGAAAGAAGAGGAAAGUUAGAGCCCAAAGGGAAGAAACCCAAAGUGACUACUGCUAGUAAGAAGAAGGAUGUUAUUGUCAAUAUAGGAGUAAUGAAAUACUGUCAUGGUGAACUUAAAAAGUGUAGAGGGAAGACAUUGCCAAUUACUACUACCACAGAUGCAAGUGCAAAUCAGAUAAAGGAGAAAGCAGUCGCUAAACAUACAAGUCACGAUAAAAGCCUGCAUGAUGGAUUAGAGUAUGUUCUUCUUUACCCCGACAGUAGCAAGAUAGUCAAUAUACCAGGAUCUAAUGAGCCCUUCGUAUUAGAGAAAUACAGAGAAGAAGUUGGAAGGCAGUACAAGAGAAUAACAUUGUUUAUCAGUACAAAAUCAGAUUUUCUGUUUUCCAAAAUGCCCAAGAUGUCAAACGUGGAAAGCGAAUCAGAAACGUCCAGUGAUGAUGAAGAGUUGCAGAAGAGCAUUUAUGAUAGCUCAGCUAAAGGUCCUUCAUCCAACUUAAGAAAAACAGCCCAAUGUUUGUUGUGCAAUUUGUUUGGAGGAAAUAUCUAAAGAUGAAAUUGCUGCCAAGCCAAAUAGUUGUGGGGAUGUUUUUCAUGAGGUUUGUCUCAAAGAGUGGUUAGUCAAUUGUGAUUCCACUGCAAAAUGCCCUGUCUGCCAGAAAGUCUUCACCUCAAGUGCAAGCACCUCCAUUGCAAACAAUACAAACAUGAGCAGUUCAAACCAAAGCCAGAA